UCAGUGCACGGACUGGCAACACGACAUGUGAAGUUCUGAAUUUAGUGUUAGCAUAAAAUUAUUCCUAGUUAGUACUAAAUAUUGUUAUAAGUAUAAAAAAAAAUAACUUUGCACAAGUGGAAUCUGACAAAGUGACUAAAGAAAAUAAUAAACUUACUGAUUCCGAUGACAAAUAUAAAAUAUAACAUUUACCUAAUAACUUAUUAAAAAGAAAAGCUCAUACUAAAGUGAAAAUGAAUAACAACGCAGACGUAAAAGAAACGAAGAAGACAGAGAACUCAAUGCAGAUACUAGAGGAAGCGUUGUCACUAUGCAAGUUUGGGAAGUUUCACGUGAGACUGAUGAUAGCUACUCUACUAGCAGUAUUCGCGUCAACAAUCGUCACAACUACUGCUUCUUACAUUUUACCAAAUGCCGAGUGUGAUUUAGACAUGAGCAUCAUGCAAAAAGGUGUGCUGAAUGCUAUGCCGUUUUUUGGUCAAGUGGGCGCUAGUCUAUUUACAGGUUUCAUAGUAGAUGCCUUCGGGAGGAAAAUAUUCCUGGUUGGGGGUAAUAUUGGAAUGUUUGUUUGCUCAAUACUCAACGGGUCCAGUCAGACUUAUUGGAUGCUAUUAGUGGCUAAACUCUUCGAGGGAAUAUUUGUAAGCAUAAGUUAUGGAGCAACGGCGUCAAUGAUAACAGAGUUCAUACACAAGAAAAUAAGGGACCGAGUGAUGAUGUUGUAUGCUUCCUUUAUGUCAAUAUCAUUGAUAGGCAUACCUCUUUUAUCAUGGGGGAUACUGAUGCAGCCGUGGGAUGUGGUGUUAUUAGAAGGAUAUUUUGAAUUACAUGCAUGGAACUUUUACUUCUACAUUUGCUCGGCGUUCAGUUUAGCUUCUGCUAUACUAUAUUACUACUUACCAGAGAGCCCCAAAUUUUUACUAAGCCAUGGACAAGAAAAUGAAGCUUUGGAAGUAUUGAAGGAUAUUUAUAGCAUAAACACUGGACAUUCUCGAGACUCUUUCCCGAUCAAUUCUCUUAACAUAACCGGAGAAUACGUGCCUACAGACAAGUACAGUAUGAAGAAACAAUUGGUGAAUGCUCUCUUCGAAGUGAAGGCUCUAUUCAGGAAGCCUCUUCUCUUCUUCCUCAUACAGUUCUGUCUGCAGACUGCUGUCUGUCUAUUGGCCUACACAUCCUUGCGUCUAUGGUUCCCGCAGCUGUCGACAGUGGUGGAGAACUACCGGCUGGCACACAAUGAGACGCAGAGGUUCUGCGUCAUGAUUAACGAUUACAUCAGCGAGACUGACAGGACUCCCGUCAUAGUUAGCAACGCCACCAGACCGGAGAUAUGUAUACCCAAACUAAGUGGAUCAGAAACCUAUAUCAACGGAGUUAUAAUGGGCGCUGUAUCCUUACUCUGCGUUAGUGUCAACGGAUUCCUAGUCAAAUUCGUUGGACAGAAACCAUUGAUGUUUGUGAUGCUGCUACUCUGCGCAGCUUGCUCUGCUAGCCUUCAUUGGACGUAUACAUCAUUGCAAAUAGCCAUUUUGGUGUCAGCGACGUGUGGGCUUAUGCAAACGGUGUUAUUUCUACAGCAGAGUAUUCUUGUUAGAGUGUUCCCUACUACAUUGAGGACGCUAACGUUGUCGUUCAUACUGAUGAUGGGGAGAGUGGGGUCUCUGCUCGGGAACAUACUGUUUCCAGUGAUGCUGCAGGCUGGUUGCAUGGUACCAUUUCUAACGAUGUCCGGAAUUACCGUCUGUUUUGCUGGACUUGUAUAUUUCUUACCGAAUCCGCAGAAAGAGAACCAUGCGGGAGAUCAGUGAGACCAGUUUUCGAAAUUAUCGGAAAUAGAUCUCUCUCAAGGACAAAAACGAAGAAAUGAGAUUAUUUGCCUUCGAUACAGUGUGAUAGACAAUUUUAAAGAGAUCUAUUUAUAAUGAAAUUGAUGAGCCAUUGUUGUCGUUUCAUUGACGUUUUACAAACUAAACAAUAGAAAAUUAUUGUAUGGGUGAGAUGCACCACUAUGACGUUGAAUUUAACCUGUCGCACCGCCCACUUUUAAACAAAAUGGCGUACUUUGUGGUUUUUAAGUGCAGGUUAAUAUUAACGUCCGGUGCAACCCACUCCAAAUAUAUUUUUCGAAUUUCUGUGAUUUUAAUCAAACUGAUCACUGUCGUAAAAAAAAUGUAAAAUAAUAUUUUAAUGGGUACACAAAUAAUGUAAGUAAAUUAUUAGAUCUUCUUUUUAAUAUGUGCUUAACUAUUUAUUUUAUUAUGGUUAAGUUUUACAUGAUUGUUAAAUUGAAUUAGUUAGAAAAAAGUUGAAGUAAAAAUAUUAGAGAA